CUCGGUCGCUGACGCUGCGCGGCGCCUGUACGCGGUGACGUCAGGCUCUCGUGGAUUGGCGCGCUGCCAUCUUUGAUUGUGCGACAGGCCGCGGCGCGAGCGGGGCCCUCUCUCGAGCGCACGAGACACCGCCAACCGCCCGUUACUGCUCACCUCACACCGGCGGCGCGACCAGAGAGACGUAACGAGAAAGAAAACGACAGAGAGAGGGAGGGAAACGUUUCUCUCUUGUUUGUGGAGGAGGUUUUGUGGGUCGCUAACCGCUCGGCUAGCUGGGACUAGCAUAGCACGAGUUUUUGUAAUCCGCAGCCGGCCUCUCUCACACACACAAUACAAAGGGCCAGGACACAGACCUUCUGGACGGAAUAAACGAUAUUCUUGAAGAGAGAGACGGGACCGGCGGAGAUAGGGGCUGGUUCUGAGGGGUGAGGACGCGGGACCAGACUCGAUGAGUUUCCAGCGAAAUGUCCGAGAAGUCAGGGCAGAGCACCAAGGCAAAGGAUGGCAAGACCAAGUAUGCAACCCUUAGCCUCUUCAACACGUACAAGGGCAAGUCUCUGGAGACCCAGAAAACUGCAGUUGCUGCCAGACAUGGGCUCCAAAGUUUGGGCAAAGUUGCGGUCAGUCGGCGCAUGCCCCCUCCGGCUAACCUGCCCAGCCUAAAAGCUGAGAACAAAGGCAACGAUCCCAACGUUAGCAUCGUACCCAAGGAUGGCAGCGGAUGGGCCUCCAGACAGGAUCAACCAGGAGACGAACGGCAGCAAGAGACCCCUCCACCACAGCCCAAGCCAACUGUGCCCCAGACCUCUGAUGCCCCUCUGGGAGGCAGCCGCUCCUGGGCCAACAGCAAACAGUCUGGGCAGCUGGAUGGAGCUCCUCGGAUGAGCAGUCAGUUCCAUCAGGAGUUUCCGAGUCUGCAGGCGGCAGGUGAGGCGGAGAAAUCAGGCGAUCAGGAAGAUGAACCCUACGGGCCGGGCCCCAGCCUCAGGCCUCAGAAUGUGGGUAGCUGGCGGGAAGGUGGAGGCAGGAACUUAAACGUUGCUCCCAGCCCCUCAGAGACUGAUGGUAAGCCCUCUGAGGAGUCAGGUGUGGGUCGAGGCACACCAUCUCCCUCGGGGGACUCCGAUGAGGCAGGGAAACCCUCUGCUGGGGAGGGCAAAGAAAGGAGAGAUGCCAGAGACAGGCUCCCACCUACUGCCACUCAGCAUAAACUCAAUGGUGGCCAGCAAACAGCGAAAGGAAUGUCAUCUCAGUUCCAAGCUGCCCAGUUCAGGAGCAUGAUGCCGCCGUAUAUGUUCAAUGCUUACCCUCGAGGGCCCUUUCCUCCUGUGCAAAGCAGCUUUAGAUACCCUGGACAACAGGAGAUGUCUAAGGGUCCACGGUCUGGUGGAAGACCCUCCCAGGCUCCUUCUCAGUCAUGGUUGCAGGAUCCAGACAGGCCAUCAAUUGUUAGUGCCACUGAACUUAAAGAGCUAGACAAUCUAGACACUGAUGCUGAUGAGGGUUGGGCAGGUGCUCAAAUGGAAGUUGACUAUACUGAGAAACUGAACUUUAGUGAUGAUGAGGAGAACCAUUCUGCUAAGGAGAAAGGCAAUAACUGGCAGUGGAUGACUAAAGUUGAUCGCAUGAGGUCAAGAAACGCUGAUAUUCAGGAGGGAUGGAAGGAAGGAGAAGAGGAGAGGCGGGACCGCAAGAGCUCAUGGGCAGAAAGUGGAGGCCUCAGGGCUACCUCACCUGGCAAUAUUGUCCAUUAUAGCAAGAUGGUACCUCCACAAGACCAACAGGGCCAAACUGUUGGACGUUCUGUGGGAAGUGGUGGCCCCCGUGUUACAAAGCUACCUAGUACAGCACCCCCUGCUGGUGAGGAGGAAACGGAAGCGUGGCGACAGAAACGGAAGAAGCAGUCAGAGCUGUCGGAAGCAGUAGAACGUGCUCGCAGACGGCGUGAGGAGGAGGAACGCCGCAUGGAAGAACAGAGACUUGCUGCAUGCAAAGAGAAACUAAAACAACUGGAGGAGAAACGACGGCCUUCGACUACAGAAACUACUAAACCAACUACGCAAGCCCAUGGUGAUCACCAGGAAGUGACUGAAACUGUGCCUAAACUACCUGCUGAAACUCCACCCCCUCAGCCUCAACCACCACCUUCCCCUGCACAACAACCCUGCCCUCCCAUGCCAACCCAUGAAAGGACAGAGCCCACUGUGGAGGAGGUGCCACAAUUUGUUUCCCGACAACCUAGCCCUCCUGUCCACAGGACUGCCCCAGAACCCCAAAGCAAGGUUGAUACUGCUGUAACAGAGGAGGUGCAUAGACGGGUGGAGAGACAACCAAUGAGAGACUACUUCAGUGCUGAGGAGCCCAGAGUUGAGGAGCCUCAGUUGUCUUUAUCCAGACUCGAUCAUUCUGUCAGCGAAGAUGCACCUCUUCCGACUAAACUGGAAAAUGAGGGAGACACUGGGACUGCUGUUCGCUCUUCUGUCAGCUCUGGAUAUUCAAAACAGUUCCAGAAGUCUUUACCACCCAGGUUCCUUAGACAACAGGAACAGCUUAAACAACAACAGUGGCAACAGCAGCAGCAGGGUGGAGGGGGUCCAGUCUCUCCCUCAGGGGGUUCAGUUCCCCCUCAGCACAGAUCCUUAUACCAACCUCUCGGCCCCCACCACCAACACCUUGCCUCAAUGGGCUUUGACCCACGCUGGCUAAUGAUGCAGUCUUACAUGGAUCCUCGUAUGAUGUCUGGGCGGCCACCUAUAGACAUGCCUCCUAUGCACCCCGGGAGAAUGCCUCCUAAACAACUGGUACGACGAGAGCCCACAGACAACAGCAGCUCUGGAUCAGACACUUUUGAUCAUCUGACCCGACCAAUCAGAGAACACAGAGUUCCUAGUGAGCCUCGGAUGGUCUGGGGUUCUGACCCAUAUCCCUCAACAGAGCCCCUGCCCUCUUCUGCAACCAUUAAAGGGCGUGAAGAUGGCAAGGAGACAAGAUUGGAUGCUGGUCUGGAGCUGGAUAGAGGUCUAUCAGGUGUCUACCCUCGGGACCAUAGCCCACUUGAGCCCCGGAGCAAGAGCGACUUCUUCAGGGAUUCAUCUGAAAACUUGUCUUCUUUUAGUCAUGUCUCGGAAGAGGUUCCAUGUCUCCUACAGACUGACCGAGCACCAGUCAUCCCUUCUUUUGAACCUGAGGAGGCUAACCUCUCUGGUGCAGAUGAGGUUGAAGCCAUUGGACAGGCUGUAUUGAAACUGAGUAUCUCUCAAGGCUCCAGUCACUCUCUGAAACUGGAAGAGCCCAGAUUUGAAGGACUUACCAUAGCACAGAAAACCCUGGACUUCCCUGAUACUGUGGAAAGACUAGAGGGCAAGUCCAGAAAGGAGCCUUUUGGACAAGGGUCUGUGAUCAACAGCCGUUCCACUCCUCCUGUGGCUAAUGAUGGUAUGCACAAAACUGACAAGCUUACUUUACCUGCACCCAGCAAGCAGAAGUCAGAGAUGCGCUGGGGUUCCCGUGGAUCCGGAUCUGGAAGGAGAGAGGGUCCUGGAGGGGAGCGGCCAGUGAGGAGAUCUGGACCUAUUAAGAAACCUGUGUUGAGAGACAUGAAGGAAGAGAGGGAACAGAGAAGAGAGAAAGAAGAGAAACACGAACGAUGGGAGCGAUCCAAAAAAGAGGGUGCUGCUCCCAAAGGUGUUACUUCAGCUGCUGUAGCAGCGUCUGAUGGACCGAAGCCCUCUGGUGAUGGUAAGAAAAUUGUGGUAGAACCUGAAGUGGGAGUAGCAACUGGUGGAACAAAGUCCAGAGAUCUGCAGACAACUGCAUGUCCUACAGCUGCAUGUCUUACUGAGGAUAAACCAGACAAGCCUCCGUCUAAUGGCAAACGUCCUGAACCCAAACUACCAUCUCGCAAAGAGUCCAACCUCCCUCCCAGAGCUUACCGCAGAGACGAGAGGGAGCGAGACCGAGAAAGAGACCGAGAGAGGGAAAGAGAUGUGGAAAGAGAGAAGGACUGGCCUUCUGAUUUUAAAGGCCGUGGUCGGGGAGAGUACUAUUCCCGUGGCCGAAGUUACAGAGGCAGCUAUGGUGGGAGGGGCAGAGGUAGCCGUGGUCGAAGUCGAGGGGACUACCCAUACAGAGAGCCACGGUCACGCUUGGACUUGCCAUUAAAUGCCACAGGGUCAGCUAGUUUCCGCUGCAGAGAAGAGAGUGAAACCCGUAGCGAGAGUUCAGAUUUUGAAGUCUUGCCUAAGCGCAGACGCAGACGAGGCUCGGACACAGACUCUGAAAGUGAAGGCAGAGAAUCUGCCAGUGACACUGGAGCAUCAGAUCGUGAGCCCAGCUCCAAACCGAGCAGACCUCUUUGUCGCGAGCUGCCGGAAUCUCGCUCCUCUAAAUCUACUUCUGGAUUUGCAGCCGGAAAUCUUUCUGAAAAACCUGGGUCUCGAGAUGAGGAUGGACGACCCAAACCGGGUUUUCUGUUAAAGGGUGAGGCCACACGCCGAGGCAAGGGAGGAUUUCACAGCAGGCGAGGUGGUAGCAGGGAACGAGGUGGCCACAGAUCUGCUCCUUUCCGUCGGGCCCCUGUAAAAGAGGCCUCACAGUGGCCCUCAAAGCCCAUGGAGACCUUUUGGCCAGAGGAAGCAGAGACCUCGCGCACUGAUGGCACCCCCUCUGAAAGACGGCACAUCAAAUAUGACAACAAGAAGAUCGGAGAGGGAGGACAAAACAUACGAGAGAGGCCCCGGAGACCAAGGGCAGCCCGUCCUCCCAGACAGGACAAGCCCCCACGAUUUCGGAGGCUUAAAGAACGUGAGGCAGCAGUGUUUGCUGUGGAAGCUAUUCCUGGUGUGCCAGUACCUACAUCGGUCUCACCAACGCGGUCCAAAGCUCCAGGAACGCUGGUCACUUUGCUUGAGGGAGUGGCUGAUACCAGUACAGGACCUUCUCUCACUCCUGAUGUAACUCCCCCUGAGCUUCCUGUCACAGAGACAGUUGUUCCUGAAAUGGGAGCCACCACUGUAGUUGCUGCUGGCAGCAAAUCACCUGACUUGUCCAAUCAGAACUCUUCUGACCAGGCCAAUGAGGAGUGGGAGACGGCCUCUGAGAGUAGCGACUUCAACGAAAGAAGAGAGCGAGAGGACAAGAAGCAACUUGAAGCAGCUGUGACUUACACCACUACUACUUCCUCCUCUAUGCCCACACAGAUCUCUGGAGGACAGAGCAAAUCACCCACAGAAAGUGUGGCAAUCUCUAAACGGGAGAUAACCUCGGUAGCUAAGAGGAGCUUCUCUAGCCAGCGGCCUGUGGAUCGACAGAACCGCCGAGGAAAUAGCGGGCCUAAAAUGGGUCGAGGGUACCCUGCAGGCAAGAGCGAGAGAAGGGGAGGAUCUGGAGCCAAAUCAGGACGCAGGGGUGCUGCUGCUCAGAAUGCAGAGGCUGGUCAGGCCAGUACAGGUCAGAAAGUUGGAAAAGACCCAGCGCCCAGUCGCCGGAAAGAGGAAGCAAAACAAGCUGUCAAAAAACCCAAAGAGAAAGAAAAUGCUUUGUCUCAGUUCGAUCUCAACAAUUAUGCCAGUGUAGUGAUCAUUGACGACCACCCAGAGGUCACGACACUGGAGGACCCUCAGUCAAACACGAACGAUGAUGGGUUCACUGAGGUUGUUUCACGGAAGCAGCAGAAACGUUUGCAGGAUGAGGAACGAAGGAAGAAAGAAGAGCAGACUGCACAGAACUGGAGUAAAAAGGGCUCUGGUGAGAAGGGCAGGGGAGGUGGCGGUUCUAAACUCCCUCCGCGAUUUGCCAAAAAGCAGCAACAGCAGCAGCAACCAUCAGCUCCAGCUCCACAAACCCAGUCUGUCCCUCAGCAGCCUCAACCACAGCCAGCUAUCUCUGUGUCGCAGCACAACCUGCCUGCCUCUAACCAGAGUACUAGCUCAACCCAGCCUCUUGAGGGUGCUGUGGCACCUCUGGCCCCCUCACCUGUAGACUUCCCUGCCAAGAGUCAAACACACAACACCCUGGGUACAGAACUGUGGGAGAACAAGGUGGCUGGCUCCACUGUUCUCUCUGAUGUCAAAAAACUUGGACCUAUCAGCCCUCUCCAGCCUCCAUCUGUCAGUGCCUGGAACAAACCCCUUACUUCAUUUACUGGGGCCGUUACACCUGAGGGUGUGAAAAUGGGAACAGAAAGUGGGGUUGAGCUGGGCAUGGACAGCAUCCAGUUUGGUGCCCCGUCUUCAGCAGGAAGCACUGACAGUGACGGAGUGCCCGCCCUGCUAGAGAAAACCUCUGAUAAUAAACUACCCGAACCCAAAGAGCAAAGACAAAAACAGCCUCGUGCUGGACCUGUCAAACCUCAGAAGUUACCUGACAUCCCCCCUCCAGAGCACAAGGAAUAUAAACCUGGUCCCAUUGGUAAAGAGCGUUCGCUCAAGAACCGUAAGGCUGCCAAAGAUGUGCGUCAGUCCGAUGGAGAGGUCCUGGAUAAAAAUGGAACUAGAGGCAGCCGAGACAGAGACUCCAGCUCACCCACUAAAGACAAAGUUCCUGAGCUGGGUGGAGACAUUGAGGGCAUGAUUACUGCUCCAUCUGCUGAAUACUCCAGCAUCUCUAAGGAAUCAGUGACUGACUACACAAUCCCAUCUUCCUCAUUAGCUGACAACGUCCCCACUGCAGGGACCAAGAUAGAGGAGAGCCUUGUGGCACCUGUGGCGCUCCCGCACCCAUUGCCUAUUCAGCGAAGAGAAGCCCUGCAGCAGAGCUCCAGCCUUGCCACAGUCUCUCCUGCUACUGUUGACCUCACACUUAAAAUGGAAUCGGCGCGUAAGGCUUGGGAGAAUUCGCCUAGUCUUGUGGAAAAGAGCUCUCCUGUCACCUCCUCUGCCUCCCCCAUCACCAGUGGAGGAGCAGGAGGCAGUGCCUCCUUCAACUCUUUCUCUAGUGCUUCAGUGCCUCAGAUACCUGUGGCCUCGGUCACCCCCAGCACCUCCCUGUCUGGAUCUGCAACCUACACAACAUCCUCUCUCAGCACGAAGAGCACAUCAGCCUCUGACCCUCCCAACAUCUGUAAGGUGAAGCCCCAGCAGCUGCAGAGUUCAGGAAUGUCCAGCAUUAACUUCUCCCAGCUGGGCUGUGCGCCUUCUCUGUUACCGCAGCAACAGACCCCACAGGUGUUCGUAUCUCAGUCUGCAGCAGGUUCUGCAGCCCAAAUCCCGGCUUUCUACAUGGACACCAGCCACUUGUUCAGUACGCCCCACCCUCGCUUGGCUGCUUCUAUAGCCCAGCAGCAAGGCUUUCAGCCUGGACUCUCACAGCCUACAGCGGUGCAACAGAUCCCCAUCCCUAUUUACGCUCCUCUGCAGGGGCAGCACCAGGCCCAGCUGAGCCUCAACACUGGACCUCCAGUGUCUCAACCUCAAGACCUCUUCAGCUCCUCCAUACAGCCCUACAGGUCUCAACAGGCAUUCAUGCAGAACAGCCUUUCCCAGACAUCUCCCAUGAUGCUGUCUGGGACGCCACUGCACAGUUACCCUGGAGUGCAGCCCCCAGAAUUGGGCAAGCCUCAGUCCAGCCUGGCCUUUCAGCAGACCUCAAACACCCAACACAUCCCCAUCCUGUUUGAGCCCCAGCUGAAUCAGCCCUCUGGCAUGGGUGGAUCACAGCUUAUAGACGCGCAUCUACUGCAGCGUCAGGGAAUGAGUCAGCACUCAAACCUGUACUCUGGACAAGUCCAGCAGCAGAGCAGCUACUACAGCUCAGCUCAAAGUCCCAGCUCUGCCCUACAGCAGGUGACUGUUCCUGUGCCAGGUUCACAGUUGUCUUUGCCCAACUUCGGCUCUGGUGGUGGUCAGCCACUCUUGGCUUUGCCUCAGUCCCUACCUCCGCCCCCUCCCCAAGUCCCACCCCCCAGCCUCAAUCGCCAGCCCCCAAGCAAUCCGCCCUACCGUGGCCUUAUUGGCCAGAAUACACACAGUAUGAUGCAGCCUUCCAAUAAGAUGUGUGAGAUGGAUCUGAAGCUCUUCAGUUGUGGAAUGGAUCUGAAGCCUGGAACUCCACCUGUCAGCGCCAGAAGCACUACCCCCACUUCUAGCCCUUAUAGGGUGAGCUCCACAAGCCCCAGUAGUCAGUCUAGCAGGAUAAACAGCAUGCUGUAUCCCAAACAGUUCCAGUCGGGAUCUGCAGGAAUGCGCAUUGCCCAGCACUUCCCAGGACCGUUCAACCCACAGAUGCUGUCUCAGACUAACAUGGUGUCUCCAUUGGUGCGUCAACCCCAUGCAAACUCAUUUCCUGGAGUGGUACAGCGUUCACCCAUGGGUCCACCCAUGUCCCCUAAUCUGAGUGGGGGUCUGAUGCCCCAUCCUAGACCCCAGCAUCCUCCACGUGGACCUUAUGGUCCCUCAUUUGCACCCCGUGGCACACAGGCUGCUCUGAAAGCAGAACAGGACCUUAAGGCUAAACAAAGAGCAGAGGUAUUACAGUCUACCCACAAGUUCUUCUCUGAGCAACAACAGCUCAAGGCUCCAGUCAGCAAGCCAACCCGUAUAGAAGGAGCAGGCAAACCCACUGACAUCAUCACUUCAAAUCACCAGGGGGCGCCAUCAGACCGCGCAGAGUCUGACAAAUCUGCAACAACCAAACCCAUCCGGACAGGUCCGAUCAAACCACAGGCCAUCAAACCAGAAGAGAGCAAAUAGUCGUUACUGCUUCAGGAAGGACAGCCGGAUGGAAGGAUGGACUGAGAGGCCGAGUGCCAGGGGAGGGGGGCGACGUCCUACAGCACCUGAAAGUGGUAGAGAAGUGUAGGGAAGUAGAGUGAUGGAGGUUAGUUUUGAGGUGCUGUGCAUUUCCCUCACACUUACUGUGCCUGUUUUCCUCAUCCUUUUAUCAGUCCAUCCAUUCUCUCCUCCGCUGUGGUUGGCAUUACAGAGAAAGCGCCCCUCCAUUGUGUGAACUGUACAUCCUCAGUGAACAAUGAAGGUAGACAUCAACAUGAGUUACACUUGCUGCUGAGAAUGCCAUUUUUAUAGCAAUAUGAUUUACUUUUCACUUUCUCAUUUCCUCGUGUAGAGUAACACAUUUUAGGCAGGCAAAUGUCUUCUUUUUUUUGAUUGAAGAUAUUUUCCCCCCAUAAUCUUUUUUUUUUUUUUCUCCUUAUGUUCUCAAGCAAUGUUUCAGUUAUGGCGAUAAAGAUGCAAUGAAAAGUCUACACACACUUGCAUACCUUUUAUCGUGUGUAUGUGUGUACACCUCUCAACAUUACCUGCACUCACAAAUUGCUUUGACUUCAACCAUGUGUAUUGGCCUUAGCAAUACAUAGAACAUUAUUUCAGCUGAUUAGGAAUUGAUUACCGAUGUAUCCGAUUAAUUUAUCGAUCGCAGUCUCCACUGUGAGCCUUCCCUCUUGCCUUCUCCGUAGUCUCAAGAAUCGAAGAUUGUGUUUGCGUGUGUGCGCAAAAUACCCUUGAAUCUUUAGCCAAAGUUUAGGCGUCAAGAGACCUGAAUUCUUUUAAGAUGAAUAUAUAUGAUUUUGACAAAGACGGCUCAGCUUGGUCAACAGAUAGUAGAAUUAUGAUGGAAUUUUUUUUUGUAAACGGUUCCUCCAGACCCAGGCCUAUGUUUGAUGUGUCCUAAGCUUAAGCCCCUCCUCUUUUCUGUGAAUGUGGACAGAUGUAGACAUGCCCACUUCUAUAACUCCAGUCUUUUACCUUCCAGCCUCUCCACACAGCUCCCAACCAUGCUGCUGACCAGCUUUGACUCUCCUGACCAAUCACUGCAGAGGAGGGGUGAGGUUUGAGUUGGGGUCAGUGGUCAAGCAAUUUAGGUUCAGUGCUAAAGAGCGUAGCUGCAAUUUUAGAAAAGAAACGUCAAGUGUGAGGCUGCCAGACUCAGUGGGGGGUUUGGGGAAAAAGUGAUAAGUCUUGAACAGAGAUUACCACAUGUUUUGGACUACUCUGUUAUGGUGACCACAGACCUGAGUAUAUAAGGUCUUUCUCCAAACCACUCCUCUUGGGUUGCUAUUGCAAAGAAGUGGCCUGCAGUUGAACAAGGGUUUCAGUACGGCCCCCCAUUUCUUGUUUAGUAGGAAUGAGAAACUACAAAGAGAAGGGGAGGAGAGGGAAUUGAUUUUUUCUUUUCUUUUGAUUUCUGUUUUUGUUUUACUUGUACAGGGGUUAAAUUACUGUAUUAAAAUAUGUAAGGUCUUAUUUACAUUCUCCUGGUUUGGUUACAGAAACUAAUAAAAUAAUGCUGUAAAAAUGAGCUGUAGUUUUCAUGUCAGUUUUUUGGGGGGUGUUUUGAGGUUAUGAAUUCAUUGAUAUA